UUCUGUGCCUCUUUUUUAUGAUCAUUUGUGAGAAAGAGAAGGCAGGCUCUCUCUCUCUCUAAGGAGUAGAGAGAGAGAGGGGAUGCGAGGAUGCGAGCGAUGGUAGCGUCAGAGAAUGGGGUGGUGGUGAAAGAAGAAGAGAAAGGAGGGCGGCAUCACGAGCAUCAUCAUCAUCAUCAUCACCAGCAAUGGUCUAAGAAGGGAAAAUCAUGCAAGGGUUGCCACUACUACUCUUCCUUGUUAAAAUCCAAAGCCCCUUCUCCCCUUUCCCUCCAUCCUCCACCAGGACUUGUAAACGAGGAGGACGAUUGGUGGGGAUCGUGAAUCAUGUUGACUAUACUACUUUGAUCUCGGGAUUUCUGGAGUUACGCUACAUGCUAGUGCAUCACCUCUAAUGUGGCAUAGUUGGUUACGAAUGAACACCAAAGAGGCUGCCGUUAGUAGCCAGAAGAAGUGGGUCUUGUGGUCGCCAAUAAUGGAUCGCUGCCUCGCUGAGCAACUGGUGGAGCAGGUCCGCUUAGGUGGAAAGGUAGAGCAUGGUUUCAUGCCACAGGCAUGGAAGGAAGUAGUGGCAAUGUUGAAUGAAAGAUUGUGUAUGUAUCUUACAGCCCAACACUGUAAGAAUCGACUAAAGACAUGGCGGAAACAAUAUACGCAUGUGAGGAAUCUACUGGAUCAGAACGGGUUCAGAUGGGAUGAUGGAUUGAAGUGUGUGAUAGCAGAAGAACAAGUUUGGGAUAAUUACUGUAAGGCGCACCCCAAUGCUGCUGCUUAUAGAUAUAAGCCGAUUCAGCUUUUCAAUGAGAUGGCUCUGAUCUUCGGCAAUGAUCAAACUGACAAAAUCCGGUCAAGAGCAAGAGCUGAAAUAGAGAUUGAUGAGAGCACUCCAAGAUCAAGAGUAGGAGCUGAGAUAGAGGUCGAUGAGAGCACUCCAAGAUUAAGAGUGGAAGCUGAGGUAGAGAUCGAUGACAGUAAUCCAAGAUUAGGCGGUCUAUGCAUCUUGGAGCGAUGCCCAUCAGAACCACAUGAUGCGCAGCUGGCUGAGGGUCACGAGUCUGAGUUUUCUGAUGCAGACACAAAAGGUGCGUCUCCAGCAUCUGAAAGGAGUGGGCAUCGAGAUAUGGGACAGUCAGGAUCUGAACAGCCUAAGAAGCGGAAGCAGAACUUCAGGGAUAAGAUGGUGGAAUCAUUGUCCCAGAUGGCAGGAGCAAUGGCAGAUUUAGCUGCGACAAGGAAAAAAGAAGACGAGGUCUCCAAAAUGAGGCAGCUGUAUGAAGAGGUGAAGAAGAUCCCAAACAUCAACAACCAUUUCAUAUUAAGGGUCCUUGAGUUUUUCUCGAAGGAACCAACCAAAGCCUCGAUUUUCUUAGCACUUGAUGAAGAGCUAAGACGUGAAUGGUUGUUGAUGUUUGUUAAUGAAUGAUGUCCGCCUGAUCUGACAAAUAAUCACUGGAUCUUUUUUCGGGCUUUAGAUGUGAAUGGUGGAUGAUGUUUUUGGUGGUGUAUGCAGAGGGCACGUGGAUGUAGUUAGACUUAGGUAUGUUCAUCUUUUUUCUUUUUCUUUUUCCUUAUGUUUUUUUUUUUAAAAAAUAAAAAUUAAAAAAAAAACCAUAUUGGCUUUUGUGCAUGCUGACAUGCCGAUAUGGUCAGUUAUUUAAUUGUAGGUAUGUGAAUGUGAUUAAGUUUUUGUAUGUUGAUAUUUGGAUGAGACUAAUUGUAGGCUUUUGGGUGUGAUUAAUAUUUUUAGCUUUUUUCCCCCCUAGAUUGGAAAGUUCUGAACACCAAUGGUCGGACUCUUUUCAGCUGAACGCAGGCUGUCGUUGUCUCUCUCAAGUUUCUCUGUACAAAAAUUAAUAUUAUUCCUAUCAAGGAAAAGUCAUGGCAUCUAAGAUAUGGAACCCACCUAUUGUAGGGUAUAACUUCA